GCACCUGAAGGAGUCUCUUCUGGGAGGCUCACGGUCUUUCUCACUCCUGUGGUCUCCAGAUUCUGGCACAAAAUGAGAAGUUCUGGUCUUCCCCUCUGCCUUCUUUCUGCUGUGUUUUAUCUCUUUUGGACAUCUUCUGCUGGGCUAAAAACGCUGCAUUUGGGAAGCUGUGUGAUCACCACAAAUCUUCAUGGAAUUCGAAGUGGAUUUUCGGAGAUUCGGGACAGUGUGCAAGCCAAAGAUGAAAUCAUUGACAUCAGAAUCUUGAGGAAGACUCAGUCUUUGCAAGGCACAAAGCCUGCAGAUAGGUGCUGCCUCCUCCAUCAUAUACUGAGACUCUACCUGGACAGGGUAUUCAAAAACUAUCAACCCCCUGACCACCAUAUCUUCCGGAAGGUCAGCCGUCUUGCCAACUCUCUUCUCACCAUCAAGAAGGACCUCCGGCUCUGUCAUGCCCAUAUGUCAUGCCCUUGUGGGGAAGAAGCAAAGGAGAAAUACAGCCAGAUUCUGAGUCACUUUGAAGAGCUUCCGCCUCAGGCAGCGGUGGUGAAGGCUUUGGGGGAGCUAGACAUUCUCCUGCAAUGGCUGGAAGAGGUGGACUAGGAUGAAAGAGAUGCUGCUGAGAGUAUUCUGGGCUCAGUCUCCAGGACCCAUGGAGUGUUUCUGCUCUCAGUUAAAGAAACGCAAUGCCAAA